GUACAAGCACAGAAGCACUCUCCCAUGAUAACAAAAACGUGACUCUUUCCACGUAGGAGUUUUAGCCAAAAAUGUCAGGUGGAAAUCCGUAUUUGAAAAAUAUUAAUCAAGUUGAAGUCGACGGCAAAGAACUCAGGUACUUUGACCUGACGAGCUUACAAGAUAGCCGCUACGACAAACUACCCUUUUCAAUUCGAGUUCUCCUGGAAUCUGCUGUUCGUAACUGUGAUGAUUUUCAAAUCAAACAAGAACAUGUUGAGAAGAUUUUAAACUGGGAAAUAAGUCAAAAUGAUAGUGUGGAAAUUCCGUUUAGACCUGCUCGGGUCAUCUUGCAGGACUUCACUGGUGUCCCAGCUGUUGUGGAUUUUGCUGCAAUGCGUGAUGCGGUAAAGAGAUUAGGAGGUGAUCCUUCAGUCAUAAAUCCUCUUUGCCCUGUUGACUUGGUUGUAGAUCAUUCUGUGCAAGUUGACGUUUCAAGAAACAAAGAUGCUCUAGCUAGAAAUCAAGAUUUAGAAUUUGAACGAAACAAAGAGAGGUUCCAGUUCCUGAGGUGGGGGUCGAAAGCUUUCAAAAAUGUGACAAUUGUGCCUCCUGGAUCUGGUAUUGUUCAUCAGGUAAACUUGGAGUAUCUUGGACGUGUGGUAUUUAAUACAGAUGGUUUACUAUAUCCUGACAGUUUGGUUGGCACAGAUUCUCACACAACCAUGAUUAAUGGACUUGGCAUUUUAGGAUGGGGUGUUGGUGGUAUCGAAGCUGAAGCUGUAAUGCUUGGUCAAGCUGUCAGUAUGGUCCUACCCAAAGUAGUUGGCUACAAACUAACAGGACAUCUUAAUGGUUUAACAACUUCAACAGAUGUCGUACUUACCAUCACGAAGCAUCUCCGUCAGAUUGGCGUUGUGGGCAAAUUCGUAGAAUUCUUCGGUCCCGGCCUAUCACAGCUGUCGAUUGCGGAUCGCGCGACCAUAGCCAACAUGUGCCCCGAGUACGGUGCCACAGUUGGUUUUUUUGCCGUAGAUGAAAUGAGCAUGAAAUAUUUACGUCAAACGGGUCGCGAUGAAGAGCGGAUCGCGUUUAUUGAGAAGUAUCUCAAGGCGAACAAGUUGUUUCGACAUUUUGAAAACGCUGAGGAGGAUCCGGUGUUUUCCCAGGUGGUAGAAUUGGAUCUUUCUACGGUCGUAUCCUGUGUCUCCGGACCUAAACGUCCGCACGACAAGGUCGCCGUUGCUGAGAUGCAGAAGGAUUUCAAUGCUUGUCUGACAAACAAAGUUGGCUUCAAAGGAUUCGGUAUUCCGGCUGAGAAACUGUCAUCGGAGAGCGUCAUGGUAUACGAGGGAGAAAGUUUUACCUUGAAACAUGGUUCAGUUGUCAUAGCAGCGAUCACGAGUUGCACAAACACAAGUAAUCCAUCUGUGAUGCUGGGAGCUGGACUGCUGGCCAAAAAAGCUGUGGAGUAUGGACUAAAAGUUCAUCCAUACGUGAAGACAAGUUUGUCACCAGGCUCCGGCGUGGUGACGUAUUAUCUACAAGAAAGUGGAGUUAUACCGGCUCUCGAAACAUUAGGUUUUUCUCGUAGGUUUGAUAUUGUUGGCUACGGUUGCAUGACGUGCAUCGGAAAUAGCGGUCCUCUACCUGAAGCUGUUGGCAAAGCUAUUGAGAAAGGUGAUUUAGUUGCCGUUGGUGUGCUUUCCGGGAACAGAAAUUUUGAGGGUCGUAUACAUCCGCUAACCAGAGCAAACUACCUCGCAUCCCCACCUCUUGUCAUUGCUUACGCCAUUGCAGGAACGGUGAACAUAGACUUCAGCACACAACCUCUAGGCAUAAGUAAGGAUGGCGAAGAGAUAUAUUUAAAAGAUCUUUGGCCAAGUCGUGAGGAAAUUCAGGAGGUAGAAAGGAAGUACGUCAUACCAGCAAUGUUCAAAGAAGUUUAUGCGAAAAUCACGCAUGGAAACUCGAAGUGGAAUUCACUAAACGCACCCGAAACCUUACUAUAUCCCUGGGAUAAGAAAUCAACUUAUAUAAAAAGCCCUCCAUUCUUCGAUGAUAUGACGUCAGAUUUGCCUGAGAUAAAAAAUAUCACGAAUGCUGCUGUGUUGUUGAACCUUGGGGAUUCUGUAACGACAGAUCAUAUAUCGCCUGCCGGUAGCAUAUCGCGCGUCAGUCCUGCAGCAAAGUACCUCUCAUCGAGGGGAUUAGUGCCGCGAGAUUUUAACUCCUACGGUUCACGACGUGGCAAUGACGCUGUAAUGGCACGUGGUACGUUUGCGAAUAUCCGAUUGGUUAAUAAGUUCAUGGGAAAAGCCGCGCCAAAGACUGUUCAUUUCCCAUCAAACGAAGAGAUGUUCGUGUUCGAUGCUGCUGAAAAAUACCGUUCUGAGGGUCGUACGUUGAUCAUCCUAGCUGGCAAGGAUUACGGCUCUGGUUCUUCACGUGAUUGGGCAGCUAAAGGCCCGUGGAUGCUGGGAGUAAAAGCGGUGAUUGCAGAAAGCUACGAAAGAAUCCAUCGAAGUAAUCUCGUUGGUAUGGGAAUCAUUCCCCUGCAGUAUCGAUCGGGGCAGAAUGCCGAGAGCCUCGGUCUGACCGGAAAAGAAAGUUAUUCUAUCGAUAUUCCAGGCAAUCUCAAAACCGGACAGAUACUCGAAGUCAAGGCUGAUGAAGACAAGAGCUUUGAUGUCAUUUUACGUUUCGACACGGAUGUUGAGCUAACUUUCUUCAGGAAUGGCGGUAUUCUCAACUAUAUGAUCAGGCGAAUGUCAUGUUCUUGAUCAAAUAAUGGAAAAUAUGACGAAGACCAUGAUGAAAAGGGCACAUUUUAUAUACAUUCAUCUGCUCUUCUUCUUCAUGGCUCUUCGGAAAUAUUUUUGAAAACGGACGAUGGACGUUCUGAUUAUUUUUGUGGUUGUUUCAAUAACUAUAACUAAAAUUGGCUUGAGGGAUUUGGCGAGAUUCGUUUUCAACUUUUAGGGGCCGUUUAUAUGAGCCCGCGUAACCGGGAUUCAGUGAGGCGUGAAAUGAUUUCGAGGUAUUGAAAGGAGUCGAAACUUCAAGCGUAAAAAUUACAACUGUUUAUUAAGCGCCA